ACUCACUCACUCACUCACUCACUCUCUCACUCGCUCACUCUCUCGUUACUCACUGGCUCGUCGGUGGAUCGGUCAGCGCGUGCGAGGAUUGCGAGAAAGUAUGCGCGUGUACAUUUCCUGGCAGUGAGUUAAACAUAAGUGUCGAUAGCCUCGAGAAGGAUGUGAGCAAAUUCUGUUAUAUCAGGUCACCUAAUGUAAUUUAUCGAUCAUCACAGAACCAGACUUACUUUUUCCAUCCGCCACAAACGGCGAGAACAAACAAAGACCCCCACGCUUCUCCGACAAUUAAAGGGCACAAAUAUUUACCAUGCUAUUUACUGAAGGCUGUGCCGGGGAUGUUGUGAUUGAUUGGCGCCUGGAACCACUUAAAAGUGAGGACUCUAGACAGUAAAAAAAAUUCAGUGUUCGAGGUGGAUUGUGUGCUGUUCGCCUUCAUCAAGUGAUCGAGUAGCGCUUUUUAUUUGGUUCCAUUUCGUGCGCCGAACUAUUCUUCACUCCAGUUGUUUGGAGUUUGGAGUUUGGAGUGUUACACCGGCCUUUGUCUUUAUCUGGCAUCUCAUUCUUUUUCAAAGAGCGGAAACGACCCAAUGUUCCUUUUCACUCUGACAGAAUUCUUUGGAUGCCAGGUUGGUCUUUUGAUGUCGAUUGUUAUCGCUACUAGGAUUACAUACAAUUGAUUGUCGCUGAUGUGUGUGCAGAACUUAAUCAGUUCAUCAAAGCGCUCCUGUUUAUUUUUUCUCAGAGAGAAGCUUAUGUCUCAAAUGUCCCUUUGAAGUGUUCUGAAUUACAGUGGAAGUUCUUGAAAGAAACGUUCAAUGGGCUGAUAUCUCUAGGCAGGACGCUCUCUUAUUACUGCCCGUUGAGCUACAGGGAUACUCGUUUACUUUAUUUUCUUAUGCUGCAUACUACAACAUUGCAUUAGUCAUGAGCAGUGUUGACUUUGUGCCGAUCCCUAGUGAGGAUCGAACCCUCAUCCAGUCCCAACCGACGCCGCAGUCUCAACUACAGCAACAACCUGCACCACCAUCACUGCCACAACAACAACAACAACACCAGCCAGGGUCCCCGCUGCGACAGUGUUCUGCUCCGGCUGAGUUCGGCUCCCUGGAAGCCCCGCGGAAAAGAGAUGAGCUGGAGGACGAGGAUGACCCAGGAUACACCAACCACCAGGAUGUUAACUCCCACCAGCAACAACAGCGGAAAGUGAGGCACAAACGCCUCACCCUUAAAGAGCGAGGCACGUCAAUACCGCCUCCAAUGAACUCAUCCGCUAAACAUCAAGACGUUCCUCUCUCGCCCACACUCUCCACCUCCUCUUCCUCCUCGGAGUCCGGACAGAUCCACCCCCACCGUUCGGACAUCCCCACCAUCUUCGAGAGUAGUGGAGACGGGGCAGGGGGAGGAGCCCUGGGGAGACACGCCUACCGUCAGACCCGCCCCCACAGUAUGCCGGACCACUUGCUGCGUGUCGUGGAGCAAGAGGACGACCUCAGCGACUGGGAGAGCCCUGUAGAGGUGGAUCUGGCCAACCCGCCGGCACGGAA